GAUGUUCCAGAAAGUACAAAAUUUACGCCAUGGCUUGAUUCUUCGUUUUGGGGAUUAGGGUUUGUAGAGCACAGAACAUCGGAAAUUCCUCCGUCUUUUCAAUUCGUAGGGUAAUCUUCACCGUCCAGCACGAUCGAUCGAGAAUGGGAGGUCACGGAGGUCUCAACAUUCUUCCUCAGAAGAGUUGGAACGUUUACAAUUACGAGAACCGAGAGAAAGUCCGUCGCGACGAGGAGCAAGCCGCCAGGGAGGAGCAGCUGAAGCGCGAGCAGGCCCGAAAACGUGACUCCGAGUUCCGCCUCGAGCGCCUCCGCGCCGCCAAAGGUUUGGAGCCGUUGAUUCCACCGCCUCCGUCCGAACCCGAGCCUUCUUCCGACCCUGGCCACAUCAACCUCUUCGAAGGGAUCAAGAUUUUCGACCCCAUUCGGGAGGAAGGCCCACCGGCGAAGAAGAAGAAGAAGGAGAAGGAGGCACGGCCCGCUGUUGUUGUGGGCCCGGAGGAUGAGAAGUACAGGCUUGGGUAUGGGCUUGCGGGGAAGGGGGUUCAGUUGCCGUGGUAUGUGAGGAAACCUAGUGAUGAUGGUGCUAAGGAUGAAAGGGAUGACGGUGAAAGGAGAGAGAGUAAGGGUCAGAAGAAGAGGAAGACGAUCGAGGAAUUGAGGGAAGAGAGGUUGAAGAGGGAGAGAAAGGAGAAGGAGAGAGAGAGGGCUUUGAGAGGGGAGAAGGUGCAGAGUCGCAGAGAUGUUUCUGGAAGUAGGAGGAGGUUCUCCAGAUGAACAUUAAUUUUUGUGUUUUGCAUUAGAGUUUUUUUUUUUUUUUGUGUCAAUUUCUUUUGAUUUCUGAAGUUUGAGAUGGAGCUGGAAGUUAUGUAUGUUUGAUUCAGUAGUCUUGUACAAGGGAAUAUAGGUUUGUAUAAUUAAUCAAAGUGGUUGGGUUUUCUUUCAUGAGCUUAUACAUACAUACGCCAAUUCUUCCUUUGUUAAGAAAAUUGUAAUUAGCUGGAAGUCUGUCUCUGCUAUGAUUUUUAUUUCGAUUGUAUCUAUGGAGAUUAGGAAGCUAAUCCUUCAGAAUGUGUGAAGGCACUCUUACAGAUUCUGGUUUGUUUCUCAGACUGCAAGUUUAGGCAGAUCUGCUUUUGUAUAUUUUGCAUUUUGUUUUUCUCAUUUCCAGUGUACUGUAUGUUUAGCCAUGUAUAUUUGUCUUUUUGAGUUUGA